CUUAAGGCAGAGUUCACAAGGGGCCCCACAUGCCUUCUAAUCCCUCCAACUGGUGGAAAUUCUCAAUAUCAAGUGCAUUCCAUGAUUUUUCGUCAAACCCCUUCGGGGUUAUGACAAUUAUUUGAUCACUGUUUUACGUUUCUUUUAAUUUGACUUCCGAAAUCGCGUGCAGUUCUGGUCAUAAUCUCUGUUCACAUAUAUAAAUGUUUAUUUUUUUUCCCAAAAAAAAGAAGAAAAGUUUGGUUGUAAUCCCUGCAGGUGUCAAUGAUCUAAAGUUCUUUCGUUCCCAUUUGUUUGUAGACAUACUCGAUUUUUCACAGAUUCUUUUGCAGACUCGCAGAAAUUAAUGUUAAAGUAGCUUUCUGACUUGCGAAUUAGAUCAUAAACUUAGAGGGAAAAUACGGGAAAAGGUGCGUCGCCAGAUAACAUCUUUUCCCUCUGAUCGUUUCUUUGGUGGUCGAAUAAUCUGCUAUUAUCUCUGACUCGUGCUUCGAGCACCAGUAGAUUCUGCGUUUAUUAAGGGGUAGAAAUUAAUAAUACCAUGAACAUAUAGAAAUCGUCGAAUGGGUUGGCUUAGCAAAAUUUUUAAAGGUUCUGACCACAAAAUUUCGGAAGGGCAUUAUAAUGCAAAUUAUAGGGAGAGUACAGAUUAUUACUUGCCAUCAACUUCCGGGGGUGUAUGGUCAGAGAACGAGAAUGAAGAUAUAGAUCGUGCUAUUGCACUAUCUCUUGUAGAGGAAAAUCAGCGAAGAAAGAACAUAAAUGACCGCAAGUCACAAUUAGAAGAAGAUGAACAACUUGCUAGAGCAAUACAAGAGAGUCUAAAUGUUGAGUCUCCUCCCAGAUAUGGAAAUGGAAAUAUGUAUCAACCGAUGCCUGUGUAUUUCCCCAUGGGGUCCAGGAUUUGUGCUGGUUGUAAUGCCGAGAUUGGUUAUGGACGAUAUCUAAAUUGCUUGAGUGCAUUCUGGCAUCCUGAAUGCUUCCGUUGCCGUGCUUGCAACCUCCCAAUCUCUGAUUAUGAGUUUUCCACGUCUGGGAAUUACCCUUAUCAUAAAUCAUGCUACAAAGAAAACUACCAUCCAAAAUGUGAUGUAUGCAAGCAUUUUAUUCCAACAAACCCUGCUGGUCUUAUUGAGUAUAGAGCACAUCCUUUCUGGAUCCAGAAAUACUGCCCUUCUCACGAACAUGAUGGUACUCCACGCUGUUGCAGCUGUGAGCGUAUGGAGCCACGAGAGGCAGGAUACAUUGCUCUUAAUGAUGGUCGAAAGCUAUGCCUGGAAUGUCUGGAUUCUGCUAUCAUGGAUACUAGCGAGUGCCAACCCCUUUAUUCAGACAUACAAAGAUUUUAUGAAGGUCUUCAUAUGAGACUGGACCAGCAAGUUCCAUUGCUCUUGGUUGAAAGACAAGCACUGAAUGAAGCAAGAGAGGGGGAGAGGAAUGGCCACUAUCACAUGCCUGAGACCAGGGGACUCUGCCUUUCUGAAGAACAGACUAUCAGCACUGUCUUGAGGCGACCUAGGUUUGGAGCAGGCAAUAGAGCAGUAGACAUGAGAACACAACCCUACAAACUGACUCGACGCUGUGAUGUGACAGCAAUUCUCAUUUUGUAUGGCCUUCCCAGGUUGCUCACUGGAUCAAUCCUAGCUCAUGAAAUGAUGCAUGCAUGGCUGCGACUUAAAGGUUAUCGGACCCUAAGACAAGAUGUUGAAGAAGGUAUCUGUCAGGUUGUGGCGCACAUGUGGUUGGAGUCUGAGCUUUCAUCUGGAUCAUCAGCCUCAACCUCAUCUUCAUCCUAUGCAUCCAGGAAAGCCAAAAGACCUCAAUUUGAGAGGAAGCUUGGGGAAUUUUUCAAGCACCAGAUCGAAUCAGACGUUUCCCCUGUUUAUGGUGAUGGAUUCAGGGCAGGCCAACUGGCAGUUCGGAAGUAUGGUCUCGCAAACACCCUUCACCAUAUUUGGAUGACUGGAAAUUUUCCCCUUUAAAUUUGGCUACAUACGGAUUCUCAUUCUUUAGAGAGAUAAAGCUUGGCCUGUUGAUAUUAGAAACUGAGGCUAAAGCUACAAGGCAUAGCUUUGAUAGGGUAAUUGAAUUUUUUGUACUCGUAAUUGUAAUUAGCACUUACUGAUGGGGAAUAUUAUGAUUAAAUACACACGAUUUGUUUGUUUCUCUGAUCUAAUAAAGCUUUAUUACAUCCAA